CCAACAAUGUAAACCUCCAUGAUGUAUAAGCUUGCUUGAUUUACUGCACGUAAGGAAGAUACUUCGAGCACGUACUCUGACCCAGGCGAAGAAACCAGAUAAGCUCACCGGAAGGGAGCGGUGUAGAGUGAAGCAGUGGCCAUGGGGUUAGCGGCCGCCUGGCGGUACUCAACGUCAGAAAUGGAAUGCAGGAUGCAGAGAAACAGUUGACGUAGUAGUCAAUCACCAAGAAGGGUUGAAAAUAGUCCACGCGAUCGUUGUUUGGGUUGUUUGGGUUGUUUUGGAUCGUUUCUAUCUCGCAUGGGAGAAAUUCAUCAUGGGAGCAAACAAUGGUCAGGCAGGUUGCAAGGAGUCCAUGGCAAGUGAAAGAGCAUCGUCGAACGACAAAGUGAGGCUAUGAAUACGAUCCGCAUUCAACAAAGGGCUAACGAAGACAGCUCUCGAUCCAGGUGUUUGAUGAUUUCCAGCACCCUUCUUGGUGGGACAUUCUUGGUCGGAUCUUUCGAUAGCCCUAAAAUUAGUCAAUUGCAAAGCAUCCCCGGUUAAUGCGGAUAGAACACACUGCGUGGAAAAUGGUUCGAUAUCAAUAUUUCCCAAUGGGUAUUUGUGUGGAUGCUGUUUGUUAUGUGCGUACGUUGACCUGGUGAAGUCAGGGACAAACAAACUCAGGGGAAAUAUAACUAAUUAGGGCAGCCACGAUCAUGUGACUAGUUAAUUGCCCAUCUGCUGCUGAGGAUAAAUCAACAGUCAUUAUUGAAUGAAACCAUCCGGCAACUGUGUGCAGCCGAGCAUCCUGUUCAGGGCCUUAUGUUGAUGCCUACUUCUCGUAUCCAUUUCCCCGCAUUCUCAGGCCAGUGGAGCAAGUAAGUUCCGUGCCGAGCCAUCUGGCAAAAUCGAGAAACUGACUUUCGGCACGCAGUUGUUUGGUGUGGGGUAUUUACUUACAUCUACGAUUUUGUGAAUACGGUCGCAAUCAAAUCCUCGGCCGUAGUGUCGGUCACUGGAUUCUCAAGAUGGAGAUGGUCUCGUCAGCCAUCGUUAUCACUGGGCUUUAUCAACUUCAAUGUGGUUUUACUACUGCAUCAAAGGGUCCGGCAGCAGAUCCCCCUCACUAUUGAGGCGGGAAGGUGGCGCUCGAAAACAAAGGAUACUGCUCAAAGCCCAACCAGCCUAGGUUCUUUCUGCCGCGGCAGCAUAUGGAUCUCCUCGCUCUUCUCUUCGGUAACUCGGGACUCGAGCGAUGGUAUAAAGCUGUGAUGAGAACGUAUACACCAUAUCCACGGUCUGGAAUUAAGUCAAACUUUGCUACAGAGUUUCACAUACACAUCCUUUGAACCCCAAAGUCAACCUCAAGAUAAAACAGAUAAGAAUAGAUAGUGCCUGAACUAUCAACCAUGGGUGAAAUAGUUGCCAUUCCCACACAGGCCAAGGCCGCUGUCUAUGAUAACCCAGGAACCGUUUCAACGAAAGUCGUGACGGUUGAUGUGCCUGAGCCUGGUCCAGGAGAAGUCCUGAUUAAUCUGACUCACUCUGGAGUCUGCCACUCGGAUUAUGGAAUCAUGACCAAUAGCUGGAAAAAUCUCCCGUACCCAACACCAGCCGGCCAAGUAGGUGGUCAUGAGGGCGUUGGAAAGGUUGUCAAACUUGGUUCAGGCACAGAGGGCUCAGGAGUAAAGCUUGGAGAUCGCGUGGGUGUCAAGUGGUUACAAUAUGCUUGCGGCAGCUGUGAACCUUGCGCCGCUGGUGUUGAUGCCUGCUGCGUGAAGUCGAAAGUGUCUGGAUACUAUGCUCCAGGCACAUUCCAGCAAUACAUCACGUCACCCGCAAGCUAUGUCACUCCGAUUCCAGACUCUCUCCCCUCCGACUUGGCCGCCCCCCUCCUCUGCGCCGGAGUAACCGUCUAUUCAGGCUUUAAGCGCAGUCGUGCCAAACCGGGCGAUUGGGUCAUUAUUUCAGGCGCAGGAGGUGGCCUCGGCCAUAUUGCCUGUCAGCUCGGCAGCCGGGGUCUAGGACUCCGGAUUAUCGGCAUCGACCAUGGCAGCAAGCAAGACAUCGUGCUCGAAUCUGGCGCGGAACAUUUCAUCGACAUCACCAAGUUCACGGAUAACGAGCCCAAAGGUGGCAAGUUGGCGGAACACGUCCGAUCCCUCACCGGCGGCCUUGGCGCCCACGCCAUUCUGGUCUGUACCUCCUCGAACGCUGCGUAUGCGCAGGGGAUGUAUCUGCUUCGCAUGAACGGCGUGCUAGUCUGUGUUGGGAUACCAGAGAACGAGCCCCUUCCAAUCGGGUCAUCGUUCCCUGCAUUACUUAUCGGGAAGCAGCUGUCCGUUGUUGGGUCUGCAGUGGGAACUAAACGGGAGUCAAUUGAGACUAUGGACUUUGGGGCGCGGGGGAUUAUCAAGGUGCAUUUCCGAACGGAGAAAAUGGAUGCGCUAACGGAUGUGUUCAAGGAGAUGGAAAGGGGGGAGCUUAAGGGAAGGGUGGUGCUUGAUUUGUCUUAGCUGGGAUAUUGAAACUCUCCAAUCCUUAUAUUUGGGGGACCUGGUGUGCGCACGGAACUUAUUUUAUAUGUUGCUAAAUAGUUUUCCAGUAUACAAGAUUCCAGAGUUAUCGAUUUGAUUCCCGUUUAAUCCGUGCCCAAGAAGGGAGAGAGAAAAAAAAAUCAUAGGGAAGGCCACGGUAGGUAUAUAAAGUGCUUAAUAUAGAUUCCGUAUUAAGGUAGGUAGGAGAGCUUCACCAAAUGUACUGUACAAGACGGACCAAAAUUAGGAGGAAUUCUUUAUGGAUUAAUUAUUAGCUAGGGGAUACCGAGGAAAUAGCCUCUGUAAAUAGAAAGUAACCGGACAAUCAAAACUUGGAAAGCAGUUUAUCGCGACAUUAGACCAUUCUUUAUUCAAUAUUAGGAAUAUUAUGAGGGGAGAUGGGGGUG